AUGACGAUUCUGGCGGCUGUGGUUUCGUACGCCGUACCGGGCGUCUUGCCCCACACCCCGCUGGAUGUUCGCGCCCACGACGAGAAAUACCUGCCACCCUCUCCCAGCGCCUGGCUCGGUAGCGAUCACCUGGGAAGGGACGAGUUUAGCCGGAUCAUCGUCGGCUCCCAGAUAUCCAUCUACGUAGGUUUGCUCAGCGUGGGCAUUGGCGUAACGCUGGGUACGGUAAUCGGCAUCAUCAGCGCCUACCUCGGCGGCGUUGUCGACCUGGCGAUCCAACGGAUCGUCGACGCCAUGAUGGCAUUCCCCCCCAUCAUCCUGGCGCUGGCGCUAGUCGCAGCAGUGGGCGGGUCGGCCAACAACAUCAUCGUAGCGCUGGUGGUAAUUCUGUUACCGGGCACGAUCCGGGUCAUACGGUCGCAGGUGUUGAGCAUCAAGGAACUGGACUAUACGCUGGCUGCUACGGCCAUCGGCGCCGGCUCCGCACGCAUCAUGCUGCGCCAUAUCCUGCCCAACGUGAUCGCUUCAUAUAUCGUGCUGGGUACCAUUACGCUGGGAUUCGCCAUCAUCAUCGAAGCGUCGCUGUCCUUCCUGGGAGUGGGUGUUCCGCCAGAUAUCCCGACCUGGGGCACCAUGUUGACGCAGGGAGCAAGAGACAUCCGCAUUGCCUGGUGGCUUGCUGCGUUCCCGGGCAUCGCCAUUACGGUGGUCGUUUUCGCCAUCAACUUCUUUGGCGACGCCCUUCGAGACGUGCUUGACCCCCGGCUAAGAGGUCGGUAA